AUGAUUGAACUUCCAAUUCUGGGAGAUAAAGUAGAAGAUACCUAAACGCAGGAAUACUUCGAAGAGUUCAAUGAACGAUACGAAUUGAGAGUUUACUAUUAUGAGGAAGACAAUAAUUUUAUGAUUAAGAUGCUACGCAUAGUAAGUCUUGGGCUUUUUUCUCUUUUUGAAAAUUGGUUUGUUUCUGUGUCAUUGUUGAGUUUUCAGAAGAGUACAGAUCCUACUCAUUUGUUGAUCCAAAAGAUGAAAGAUGGUAAACGGAUGAGCAGAGAUAAGAUCAUCAGAUGCAAGAGGGACGGAGAUAGGAUCAAAUUUAAGUAUGAGUACAUUAACUUUUUGAUCACUCCAUAAAAUUAAUUGAAAAAGUUAGAAUUGAUUAAUUACGAUUAUAAUGAGUUAAGUAAAUACGAAGCCCAACAAAGGUAAAUUUUAUAUGGAGAAAAUAUAAUGCAAAUUGAAGAAUGCACCAGAAGUGAAAUUUUAUUUAAAGAAAUCUUAUCCCCCUUCAACAUCUUUUAAGUGUUCUCCUUCAUUGUUUGGUCUCUGGAUGAUUAUUACCUUUACGCCUUUUUGAUUGGCAUUUUGACCAUAACAUAAAUUACCAUAAGUUUAUACGAUUUAGAACAACAGAACCAUAAAAUACGAGAGAUGAUCUAUUAUGAAAGUUCAGUCAUUGUUCACAGAGACCAUCAUUCAUUCAACAUCUCCUCAAAAGACUUAGUCCCUGGAGACAUCGUUGAAGUGACACCCAAAUCGAUGGUUACCUUUGAUGGUCAAAUCAUUAAUGGAGAGGCCGUGUUCAACGAAGCCAUCCUAACUGGAGAGAGUACUCCAAUUUUAAAAACUAUCAACAUGGAAAUCUUUAGUGGAUGUAGCUGUUUGUCUGCAAGUUCCAAUUGUCGAGCUCUAGUGAAAUCAAUUGGUUUUAAUACUAUCAAAGGGUCCUUGGCCAGAUACAUCUUAUUCAAUAAUUCAUAUACUUAUUCAUUCCAAAAGGAAUCACUCAAAUACUUAAUUGUUUUGGGUUUUUUGGGAGCAAUUCUAUCAAUAACUAAUUACUUUAUACGUCUGAAGUCUACAAAAAAUCAAUUUAAGAGCACCAUUGAAGCUCUUGAAAUAUUUACCAUUCUGAUACCACCUUCAUUACCUACAGCUUUGGGUGCUGGGUUAUAAGUGGCUAUUUAGAGAUUAAAGGCAAAUAAUAUUUUUUGCAUAAAACCAGAUAAGAUUAAUGUGAGUGGGAUGGUCAAUCUAAUAGGAUUUGAUAAGACUGGCACAUUGACUGAAUCAACACUUAAGGUGUUGGGUUGUGUAGAAAAAGAAUUAUUACUAAAUCCUAAUCAUUGUAAAGAGAUCAUGCAAUUGGCAUUGAAAAGUUGUCAUACUCUUGUUGGUGGUUGUGGGGAUAGCUUAGAAAUAGCCAUGUUAGAGUGCUGUUAAUAAUAAUUUGAGUUUGAAUAUCAGAAAGCCUAUUAAUUCGAGGCCAAUUUGUAAAGAAUGACAGUAAUAAUCAAAUACAAAGGAAAAUUGUUAGCCAUUACAAAGGGAUCAUCAGAAAUAAUGGAGAGACUGUGUUUUUCAACAUUGCCUGAUCAGUUUACAUCUACUGUGAAUAAUUACUUACAAGAAGGAUAUAGAUUGAUAUCAUUUGGAUAUAAGGAGAUAAGCGAUGUUGAUCAAGAGAGAAAAUAUAUUGAAAAUGGAUUGCAAUUUCUUGGGACUUUAGUGUUUGUAAAUCAUCUGAGAGAGGAUUCCAGACAAUUGAUUGAGUAAUUGAAUUCAAUUAACAUUAAAUGUGUAAUGGUGACAGGGGAUAACAUAUUGACAUCAAUCAAUAUUGCAAAACAAUGUCAGAUUGUAGAUCCCAAUCAACCUGUGAUAACUGGAUAAAUAAUUAAUGACAAAUUAGUCUUCGAUAAUAAUAUUAAUGUAGAAGAAAUAGAAUAGAUGAAUUAUUAAGUGGCAUUGACAGGAGAUUCUUGGGAAUGCGCAGAUAAAGUAUUUGUUAAUAUUAUUUUUGAGUAUCCUUGA